AGGUCUUUCAUGGAAAAGAGAAGAAGAAGCGCUCCAUUUUGUGGAUUUUUAAUUUAGCGGUUAAGUAGCAAAAUAAAAAUACAGUUCGUUAUUUUAAUUUUUAAAUGACCUCAACAGAUAGCGAAAAUGAUUACACCUCGGAAGAAUCAGCGAAAGAAGAUGAAAUAGCGUAUUUUGAAGAAUCUUCGGAAAGUGAACCUGAGAUUGAAUGCGAUUUAUGGGAUCAAGAUUGCAAGGUGAUAACUAGUACACCUUCAAGUCUAAUUGGAUAUCAUUUACUGCCCACUUGCAGUAGAGAUCCGGAAGUAAUACCAAGAAAGAAAUCAAAAAUAUUGCCAGAGAUAAAUAAUAAAUUGCUAGACUGUAAUUUUUUAAAAACCCUACAAGAGCAUUGGAACAAAAACGAAAAAUUCUUGAAUGCAGAUAUAGAAUUAAUUGCAGAACCUUUUAAAGUUUGCGUCAUACAUAAUUUUCUCAAUAAUGGAGAUGUAUUAAAUGACGUUAGACAAGAGUUUAAUGAAUUAGACUGGAAUAUGAGAAAUAUGGAUCUUUAUGAAUUUUUCCAAUCAAAAGAUUUGAAAUAUUUGAAUUCAGAAUAUAUCAAUAUCAUUUUCAAUUUUUUAAAAACUGAUGUGAUGGAAUGGGUAUCAAAUCUUAUGGGAUACCCAUUGACACAUAUAUCAGCAACUUGUAGUCUGUACAGUAAUACUGAUUAUCUUUUAGUACAUGACGAUCAAAGAGAGGAUAGGAUGGUUGCUUUUGUUUUGUAUUUGACCGGUAAAAGUGGUUGGAACCAAAGUAAAGGUGGAGCUUUACAGUUGUUGAAUAAAGAUGAAAAAAGCCAACCUAACGAAAUUGUUAGAGAUAUAUUUCCAGCAAACAAUCAAUUGGUUUUAUUUCCAGUUACAAAUGAUUCAUAUCAUCAGGUAGCAGAAGUGACAUGUAUAGAUGAUUGUAGACUCAGUAUAAACGGUUGGUUUCAUGUAAAAUCUCCACCGGUUUUUAAACAACCUAUUUACCUUCCAUUGAAUGAUGGUUUAUAUAGUAGAAAUUAUAUUAAAGCUAAAGAAGUAGAUAUAGAUUUGGAAUCGUGGAUAUCGGAAGAAUAUCUGAAUCCAAAAUCGGUAAAAUUGAUUCAAAGACAUAUAGAAGAGAAUUCCGAAAUUUCUUUAAGGAAAUUUUUCAAAAUGGAAUGUUUUUCAGAAAUAUCGCACACUUUGGAAAGUUACGAUAUAAUAUGGACGCCUGUGGGACCUCCAAACAGAUACCAUUAUGAAAAAAUAAACCUUUGUAAUCUGCCUCACAUACUCGAAAGGUUUUUAGAUUUAUUUCAAUCGAGGAUGAUGUUCUCCCUCUUGCAACAGUAUACAGAUUUAGAAUUAACAACUUCGAAUGCCUCUAUGAAAUUCGAGUUACAGAGAUGGUCCUGCGGUAACUAUUGCCUUCUAUCAGAUUUUGAUUGGAAUGAAAAAAACGAACUGGAUUUAGUUAUAUAUUUCGGCUGCAGUAAAAGUGCAGACGUUAUAGGAGCAAGAACCCAGUAUGUAACCAUCGAAGAUGAAAUACAAAACGCACUCAUCACAUUGGAACCAGAGGAAAAUAAUUUAAAUAUCGUGUAUAGAGAUUCUGCUAGAUUUACCAAAUAUUUUAGCAAACAAAGUAGAUGUAAAAAGUUUUUUGCGUUAGUUUGUUCAUAUGCUGAAUAAAACUUGAUGUACAAA